UUGAGUUGAGCCACGUAGAAUAUUUCCAAGAUGGCGGAAGGGAGCGAAUCCCAACCAAAUAACCCGUUAUCGAGGAAAUUAAACAAGAUCUUAGAAACCAGACUGGACAAUGACAAGGAAAUGGUGGAAGCCCUGAAGGCCUUGUCGACGUUUUUCGUCGACAACAGUUUGCGCUCCAGGAGAAAUUUACGCGGAGACAUUGAAAAAAGAAGCUUAGCUAUUAACGAAAGCUUUGAGAGCGCAUUCAGGGAGGUCAAAGAGCAACUUGAUGCUGUGCAUGCAGAUAUUGAACAAAUGAGUAGAUGUUGUACUGAAAUGACAAGCCGUCUCAAGUCUGCAAGAGAUCAAACCUCAGAUCUGAUUAGCAAAACAACGAAACUUCAAGGUGAAAGCCAAAGGAUACAGAUGAAAGAAACAGUAGCAGAUGCAUUUAUUUCAAGGUUUCAGUUAAAACCAGAUGAGGUGCAAGCUCUUAAAGGGACCAGGAAUGGUCCAAUUUCAGAGACUUUUUUUGAAGCACUUGGAAGAGUUAAGGAAAUUCACAAUGACUGUAAACUUUUGUUGAGGACAAAACAACAGACUGCAGGCUUGCAGAUAAUGGAAGCAAUGGCUUUACACCUUGAGUCCAGCUAUGAGAAGCUAUACAGAUGGAGUCAAGAUGAAUGUAGAAGUUUAACGGGUGAUCUCCCUGAUAUUUCAAACAUGCUUUGCAGAGCAAUGGCUGCUCUACAGGAUAGGCCUGUGCUUUUCAAGUAUACUUUAGAUGAAUAUGGUACUGCGAGAAGAACUGCUGUUGUAAGAUGCUAUAUUGAUGCACUCACAAGAGGAGGUCCUGGUGGUACUCCCAGACCAAUUGAACUACAUUCACAUGAUCCCGUUAGGUAUAUUGGUGACAUGUUGGCAUGGCUUCACCAGGCAAUAGCAUCAGAGAAGGAGCUCCUUCAUAGUCUGCUUAGAAAUUCUUCAUCAUCGGACCAACAGAUACAACAAGAAAUUCUUAGUCACAUCACAGAAGGAGUGUGCAGGCCAUUCAAGGUACGAGUGGAGCAGGUCAUUGUAUCCGAGCCUGGUGCAGUGAUGCUAUUCAGCUUGGCAAAUAUUCUCAAGUUUUAUGGCACAACGAUAGGGAGCCUUAUUGACGAGGACGCCCCUGUUACAGUCACGAUUCUCGACAUGAACGCACUGGCGCUCAAGAUGUUCUUUAACAGUCUGAACUGCCAUGCAAGCAAACUGUUAGAAAAGAUUGAACUCCCUCCUCCUGAUCUCAGUCCGACGGAAUCGUUAAAAGAGACCAUGAGUUUACUCAAAGACGUGCUAACUUCUCACGAUGCAUCUGUCAUUCCACUUGAUGCCAGACAAGCUGAUUAUUCACGUAUCAUCUCUUGUCUUAUCGACCCACUCCUCCAGAUGUGCUCCAUGUCAGCCAGCCACUUGAACGCGUCAGACAUGGCUGCUUACAUGAUCAACUGCAUUCAUCAAAUACAGAGUACUUUAGCAGUUUACGAAUUUACGGAUAAACACAUCGAAAUGCUGGCAGCACAGACGGAAGCACAUCUGGAUACGUUAAUCAGCGAACAAGCGUCGUUUAUUCUGGCUCGCUCUGGUGUCGGCAGUCUGUACACAGUGUAUCAAGAGAAUCGCGGACAGAAGGUGGCGUUGUCGUCGCUCCACGGAAUGGAUUCACAAAGUGUUAAGGACGCGAUGGCCAAAUUUGACAAAUACCUCUCCUCUCCAGACAGUCUCAUCAUGCCUCAGUGUAAUCUCCUGAGAACGACGCGGUUACGGGACACAGUUCACAAGCGAGCAGUGGAUGUUGUAUGCGCCACGUACAAGACUUUAUACGACGCCAUAGUGAAUGAGCGUAAUAAAUACCCGGAUGUUAAGACUUUAGUUCCCCGAACCCCGGAUCAAGUGACGUCGCUAUUGACGUAGCAAUUGAAAAACUGCUACAAUUUUUAUCACAGUGUAAAUAAUGAAUGGCGUUUCACUUUGUCGAGAAGAUCUAUAUUGUCCUGUAAGGAAGUCCUUCAAUUAGAUUGAGGUAGCAUUGUAACUGCGAUAAUAGCCUUGUUCAACCCAGACAACGAAUUCACUUACCUACGCAUACACAAUGUCCACUUCCGAAACCUUUUGCAACAAGCGACCGCUUGGUAUGUAAUCUUCCAUGUUGGAUGCGGGCAAGCUACGCACAAGGACAUCUAAAUCGAAAAACAAAAAAAA